UCCAAAACCCGACCGCAAACUGCAAACCCCCUCGAAUCACCCCCGCAAUGGCGGGCUCUUCCUCCUUCCUUCUCCUAAACCCCAAACCCUAGCUUCGGAUACCGAUUCCCGAAUCCCCAAUCCAGCGCGAUCCGCCUCCACUGCCGUGCACCAAUCCCCCGUGCGAUCACGAUGCGGCCGCCGCCGAAGAAACCAAAGGAAGUGCAGCCGGUGCCGAAGCAACUCAAGGUGCAUAACCCGGAGAAUGAGUCCCUCUCUCGCUUCUUCCUGGAGAAGUGGCGGGCGAUGAUGCAGGAGCCGGACGGGCUCUCGCCGAACAACUACCUCGCCUUCGCCAACGCCAACCGCAGCCUCUGCUCCUCCAAGGAGCCAAUCCGAACCCUCAAGGACUUUUCGAACGUCAAGGGUGUGGGACCAUGGCUCAUACAACAUAUGAAAAGUUUCUUUGCAGAGUCGAAUCAGGAUUUAUCUCCUGCAAAAGGAAAGAAACCAAAAAUGAAAAAACGUUAUUUGCCAGGGAAGAACACUGCUGCUUAUGCCAUACUAAUAACACUCCUUAGGGCAAAGGCUAACGGGAAAGAUUUUAUGAUGAAACAAGAGCUUAUUGAUGCUGCUGAAGCCAGUGGACUAUCACGAGACGCGAUUGGUCCAAAUAAAAGUAAAGCAAAACAGAGUUACGGGAAGGACUGGUACACUGGUUGGAGCUGCAUGAAGACACUACAAUCUAAUGGACUUGUCACCAAGUCAAGUAACCCAGCAAAGUAUAAGCUAACUCGAGAAGGGGAAGGCACUGCGCGUGAAUGUCUUUCACGGUCUGGAUUGGAUGAUUCUCACAACACAUCUGCUAUGAAUCCUUCUGUUUCUAGGCACAGUCCUGAGCUUGUUGGUGGCAGUUCUCUGACAAAAAAAAAGAGCAGUUGCUAUCAUCAAGUUCAAACUACUAAUUACGAAGGAAUCAUUUGCUGCGAUUCAGAUUCAGAAGAGCCAUGUGGAAAAAAUAUUCCCCUAAAAGGCAAGGAGCCUGUUACUAGUUGUGGACUGCCGGAUAUUCCUCUUCCAUUCCAAGGAACACCCAAGCUGCAAUCUUCUACAAUGGGUUGUGCUAAACUAGCUAUGCCACCUCGUCGAGCCAAUGAAAACUUUCUUGAAGCUUAUGAAGUUAUUUUAAUAUUGGAUGAUCGUGAAAAAUUCGGGUCUCGUUCAAGAAAAGUUGCUGAUAACAUUCGUUCACAGAGCCAUUUUGGUGUAGAGGUUAGACAGUUACCUGUGGGAGAUGGUAUUUGGAUUGCCCGUCAUAAGGAAGAUCACGCAGAGUAUGUUCUUGAUUUCAUUGUUGAAAGGAAAGAGGUUACAGAUUUAGAUGGCUCAAUUGAAGACAACCGAUACAAAGAUCAGAAAUUCAGGAUGCAGAAAUGCGGGCUGAGCAAGUUGAUAUAUCUUGUUGAAGGUGAUCCAAACCGUGCACCACAUAGGGUUAAAACAGCCUGUUUCACCACUGAGGUUCUUGAUGGAUUUGACGUUCAGAGAACUACCGGGUUUGCUGAUACUCAGAAGAGAUAUAUUGACCUUACACAUUCAAUAAUAGCAUACUAUGAUGCAAAUUUCUCUAUUGUUGGUAAAACUUCUCAUGUUUGCCCAACCUAUGAUGAGUUUAAGAGAGAGUGCUGUGAGCUUAAGAAGAAAACAGUGAGCGACAUAUUUUCCCUUCAGCUUAUGCAGGUGCCAAAAGUAACAGAAGAAGCUGCACAAGCUGUUGUAGAGCUCUAUCCAACCCCUUUCUUACUGGCAAAGGCAUACUCGAUACUUGAUGGUGAUAUCCCUGCACAAGAGAAGAUGUUAAAGAACAAGAACGAGAUGGUAAAUGCAGGAGCAAGCCGAAACAUAUUUCACUUUAUCUGGCGUGAUGGAGGAAAUACUGUGGACCCAGUUCCGAACUAACUGAACUUGGUGGCUUAUGAUUCAUCGUCUUGGUGAUCUUGGCGCCAUCUUUUGUAGUAUAGCUCACUAGCUAGCUUGCUCUGCUAUCUCCAAGAUUUAGCCGCAAGGCUCCCCCAUGUUCUGAAGCAAAUGACCGCCGUAGAACACUAAAGAUCUCGGAGGAUGUAGUCACUAGGUAAAGCCUUUGACAUAAUUCCACGUUGCGUUUAGAGUAAUCUGCUGUGGUGUCGUGAUUGUACAGUAUGGGAGUACCGUGGAAUGAAGUGGAUUCUUCAUUCUUGGAUUAUGUGGUCGGGGUUUCAUAAAUAUCGCUUACUCGGUUGUCUGGAUUA